GCUUCCCUGGAACAUUGGAUAGAGAAAAAACUCUUUAUUGUAAACAUAAUGCGUCUCUAUGAAAGCUCACUACAAAAAGGUGCACUUGAGAAGCAGAACAGUAGGAACUGUGAAAAAAAAAAAAACGCACGUCAUAUAUUUUCUAUAUUCGAUGAGAGCCUGAAUUAGAAACAUGACUCAGUAAUAUGCAGAGUAUCAGUUUUUAUAUAUUUGUAAGUGUAUACUUUCCUCUUUUUAUCCAUGCAUAAAUUCAUUAAUCGGGGCUGUGUGAACGCGCAUGUUGCUGCUAUUUCAUCAUGAAGUCUAAAGAGAAUAGGGCAUCGGCUUUUGUUACCAGGAAGUGGCUCGCGUACUUUAUAUUUAAACACUUGCGAGUCCGGCGUGAGUGCGCGCGCUGGUAAUACGAAACUUCUGAUAUCAUUCUUUUCUUUAUGCGAUUUGCCGGGAUUGGGGAGCGUGCCCUGAAGUGAUGUUUUGCCACUAAGGUUGUAUGUGAUCCACGAUAAAAUCAACGGAAAGACAUUGGCAAAAGCUCGCUCGCCCGGUGCUCGCGCCAGGACACGGCUGCACGCCAGGUGGCGUUGUGAUGAAGAUCCAUGAAAAGAUUCUAACCCACUACCUGUCCUGCCCUUCACCUGUAGAUAAAGAGGGAUACCUCUACAAAAAGAGAGAGAGGAACACCACGUACCUGCGCCGCUGGUUUGUGUUGAAGGGGAAUCUGCUGUUUUAUCAGGAGCGUCCAGGUGAUCGUAACCUGUUGGGAGUGAUUGUUCUGGAGGGUUGCCUGGUGCAGGCGUGUGAGACAGAUGGUCAGUUCUGUUUCUCUUUGGUGUUCACUGGACCAGGCCUCCGCACGUAUAGACUAGCCGCUGAUGACCAUCCCAGCCAGGAGAGCUGGAUCGGUGCGCUGUUCUGCGCCAGUCACAUCUACCUUUCCAUGAUCGUCAGAGACCUGGAGAGACGCUACGAAGAAGCUAAAAGAGACAAAGGUCUUUGUGAUUCCAUCCAGACCUCUGAAGUGACUUCUACACCCAAUAAUAUAAUGGCUUCCUGGAACCCAGGACAACCCUAUUUCAUACAUGGGACUUCCAUAGUGCCCAGAGAUGGGCGGAGCUACAGCACCAGUUCUGUACCACCUCCGUCUAUGCCAAACAUUCCCACCAGCUCUAGUCUUCAUGCCCCUCCUAUUCAAUUCAAGACUACCAGUAAGCGAUCUCCAAAGCUCUGGCCCAAGAGAAAUGCUCAUGUCACACCCUUAAAUGGUCCGGCACCAUCUUAUGGGGAGUGGCCUGUUGUGGGCUUUGAUCCUUUGGAGGAGUUUAGUAAACUGCAUGAGCACUAUGGAAAUGAGAUUAAGCAACUAAGAGCUGAUUGGCUGAAGAAGAAGCGUGAGGAAGUGGGAUACAUUGAGGAAGACCUCAUUGACCUUGGCUAGAGUAGUAUCUUGACCUAUCGCAUAUAUGCAGUAGUUCAUAUUGUCGUCUUAAUAGUAAAUCUUGUCCUAAAACAGCAGACUUGUGAAUGUAUUAAGGAUGCAGUAAAUGUAAUACUGCAGUAGUAGAAUCCUGCUGUCUUUUUAAUGUUAUGAAGGGAUGCAGAUUAGCACUGUCUGACACUGAUCUUGUGCAUUUCUCAUUUCCUCUCUGUGGUCUCUCAGCCUAGUUCCUUCUAGCUUGAACUGUUAUAAAAGAGACCCAAACCACCAGUAGCUUCACCCCCAUCUUUUAAUCUAACUAUGUGCAGACAUUUACAGUAGCAAAAUGUCUUAUUGGAUCCAAAGUAUUUCAUAUACCUUCAAAUGAAAUUUGAUUGGAGAUUACAUAUUAGUUGUAGAGCUGUGAAUGCUGGAUAAUAAUUCAUUUUUAAUUUAUUAUUAGGUACUGAGGGAGCCUAAUCACUAAUGUGAUUUUGUGAAGAGGGCAACACAAGUGGCUGUUUAGUUCUGCCUUACAGAACUUAAUUCCCACAGUUCAGGAGGCUUCUUCUUUCUAUUCUUCCUCUUUCUCAACGUCUCAAUUCUUUGGGGAUGUAGAUGUGCCUUUUUUCUUUUAGUUUCUACUUCACUCAACACAUUUGGAACAUUUAACACGUUAUUUAAAAAGCAACCGUUUUAUAUUGCAGUCAUAACAGUAAACAUAAAAAUAAACUGUAAAGUUUGUAUGCAGUAAGCAUUUCAGAAAUGCAGCUCUAUACUGUAGGCCACCAGAGGGCACUGCAUUUCACCCAACAGUAUUACUACCUUUUAUUCAGCCAUGCUUCAUUCACAGGGUCACUAGUUGCUUUACAACUGAUAUUUUAUUAUGUAAUGUCAUGUCUUAUGUGUAAUUAUAUAUGGAUGAUAUCAGUAAUGUUCAAUGUGUUUUAUUCAAUAAUUUUUUUAUGUAUUCAGUCUCUGUAACCAGGUGCUAAUUAUAAAUAUAUAUAUUAAAUUUAAUAUACAUAAAUUUUGUGUUCAUACAUUUAAUUGGAUGCAUUUUGAUGAUAAUUUGUUGAGAAAUACAUUUUGAUUAUGUUAUCUAGUAUUUAUGCUCUAAUGCAGGGGUGGGGAACGUUGAUCCUGGAGCGCCUGUGUCCCUGCAGAGUUUAGCUCCAACCCUAAUCAAACACGCCUGAACAAGCUAAUCAAGGUCUUCAGGAUACAGGUAGGUUUUUUCUCAGGGUUGGAGCUAAACUCUGCAGGGACACAGGCCCUCCAGGAUCAACGUUCCCCACCCCUUCUCUAAUGUAAAUUAUAAUCAACUCUGUAAAACAGGUUUAAUUUAAUAAUAAGUUAUAUUUUGAGUGUAUUUUAGCACUCAAAAAAAAUAUUGCACAGCAUCAGUAAGAAAAAAAAUAGUAGGGUUGUUUGAUGUUAGUGUUGUUAGUAUACAUUUUAUUUUACUCAACCUGUAUUGUGAACUUGUGUUUUAUUGUAUCAAUCAGAUUAGAAUAAAAGUCCUAAUAAAU